AUGAUAUCCUCUUCUUCACCGCCCGACGACUCAACGCGUCAGUACCAAGAGUCGCCCCAUUCAUCACCAUCGCUCGCGUCGUCACCGCUGUCCUCGUCCUCGUCCUCGUCCUCCUCAUCUUCGUCGCGAAAAAGAAAGAGCUCAGAAGGUCCUACAGACGUUCUUCGUAGUCAAAAGCGCUCUAGGUCUGCGAAACCCAACCAGAAGUCACGCAAACGCGCCUCGCCAGACUCGGAUGAUGACUGGGGGUCAGACAGCGGCGAUGCCUUCCCUCAGCAGCCUAUCUAUCGGUCUCGCUCGACAUCUGCUGUGCAAUGUACGACCGGAAAGACGCGCAACUGCUCUAUUGAGGCCGAUGGAGACCCAGCGAAGACACCCUGUGUAUCGUCCUUGAAUGCUGUGAAGGAUUUUAUGCGGACAUACAAGGCCUAUUUUUCAAAUCCCAAAGACCCCGAAGACUACUCUUGGAAGCCACAUCCUAUUCACCCACCAACUGGCGAACUUGAAUACCCGAAUAAGGACGCCUGUGAAGAGUUUAUUCUCCUCGAGCCCAAAGACAAGGAUCAUUACAAUCCAAUCAUGGAUCUCGAGAGGUCAUUAUACACCAUCGUCGACUGCUACAUGACACCAAAACAGCAGGCCAUAUUCGGCACUCUCCCUUCCGAUUAUUAUUCUGAUACCCACUCCAAACGACCGUCGCCGCCGACUACACCAUACCCUGAAGGUCCUUAUGGGAAUCUUCUCCGAUAUUUGCAACGCGCAAUACAUAUACGGGACGGUCCUCUUUUCUCCACCACUCUCCAUAAGAUCAACUGUCUAAUUCGCGAACUCAAAUACCCUAGUCUGCUGAGCCCUAGUCUCUUGGGUGACGUUUUCCUCCCUACACCUUCCAACGAGCUCAAAACGGCUGUCUCAACAUGGUCCAAUAUCCCGAAAAAGGUGCUGCUUCGUGUCGUGGAAGAAAAUUAUCAGCGGAGUGUCGGUCCCCAUGUACAAAGCCUUAAACAGUACGAGGCUUUCUCGAGCACUGUCUAUGGCGAAUUGAUGCCCAGUCUCGUGUACGACAUCCUUGCCAACACGAAUCUAGACCAAAAUUCGCUUUUCAUCGAUUUGGGAAGUGGAGUGGGGAACAUUCUCGUCCAGGCCAGCCUUCAGACAGGGUGCCGUAGCUAUGGGAUAGAGCUUAUGCCUGCGCCUGCAGGUGUCGCAAAGAACAUGGUUCAGCAUUUCGCGACCCGGUGUCGAAUGUGGGGUGUAUCAUUGGGAGACAUAGAGGUAGAAGAGGGUGACAUGCUCGAGAGUUCGCGGGUAGAUGAGCUGUUGAAGGAAGCCGAUGUUGUGCUGGUUGACAACAAGGUCUUUGACGAACGGCUAAACGAGGCGAUCCGAGCCAAGUUCCUCGAUCUCAAGGAAGGCGCCAUUGUUGUCAGCUUGAAGCCGUUUGUGAAUGCUGUCAAUGCAAGAGUGACAGAGAGGAAUGUGGAUGACAUGAGCGCUAUUUUCGAUGUGCAGGAGAAGACGUAUCGGAGCGGUGAUGUGAGUUGGGGACCUGGGGGAGGGAGCUACUACGUCCAUCGCGUUGACCGGACGGGCUACGCAGAUGUGCGCUCGCGUUUCGAGAACUCGAGGAUUUCUGGAGGAAGACGGUCAAGGACUUCACGGUGA